UUGCCCCCCUUCGUCGCUCUCGUUUCGCCCUUGCUACCCAAAUUCCUCUUCGAAAUCCAAGAGGACAUUUAUCGGAAUUCGAUUUAACUGGGUUUCUAAAUUUGGGGCCUCGUAAAUAAUUUUUUAGAUGGAUGGGAACAAAGAUGAUGCUUUGAAAUGCCUGAAAAUCGGGAAAGCUGCUCUGGAAUCUGGAGAUCGGGGUCGUGCCCUCAAAUUUCUCUCCAAAGCCCGUCGCUUGGAUCCUAGUCUCCCCGUUGAUGAACUUUUGUUGGCCGCCCUUGGUGGAGAAUCUCAUGAUCACUCAUCUUCUUCUAAUGGCGCCAAUCCAUCUGAUGCUCCCUCGGCAGAAGAAGCUGGCAAUCCGGACGCUGGUGUUGCUUCAACAGCAUCCUCGUCUACGACUGCCAGGACUAGGGUUUCUUUGAAUGGAUCUACAAAUGGGUCUGCUAGGGUCUGCACAGAGGAGCAGAUUUCCAUUGUGAGGGAGAUUAAAAAACAAAAGGAUUUCUACAAGAUCUUGGGUUUAGAGAGGAAUUGCACAAUUGAAGAUGUCCGCAAGGCUUAUAGGAAGAUAUCUCUAAAGGUUCACCCAGACAAAAACAAUGCACCGGGCUCAGAUGAAGCAUUUAAAGCUGUUUCUAGGGCUUUCCAAUGUCUCAGCAAUGAAGAGACCCGGAAAAGAUAUGAUCUUGUGGGGUCUGAGGAGCCGAAUUAUGGUGUUGCCAGACCUGCUGCUAGGAAUUACUAUAAUGGAUAUAAUGGAUUUUAUGAGGCUGAUUUUGAUGCAGAUGAGAUAUUUAGGAACUUUUUCUUUGGUGGAGGGCCAAUGCAAACUACUCCUUUUGGGACAUUUCAGUUUAGAACUGGUGGCAUGGGCAGACACACUGCUAAUGAGAUGCAUGGUGGUGGUGGUGGUGGUUUCAACCUGCGGACACUGAUCCAAAUCUUGCCUGUUCUUCUGUUACUUUUACUGAACUUCCUCCCAUCCUCAGAGCCUGUUUACUCCCUUUCUCGGACUUACCACCAUGACUACAAGGUUGAGACUCCAAGGGGUGUGCCAUAUUAUGUUAAGCGAGAUAAAUUUGAUCAAGACUAUCCUUACCAAAGUUCUGAGCGGGUAGCUCUGGAGAAACGUAUUGAAAGGGAGUAUAUUGGUAUCUUAAGUCAGAAUUGUCGGGUUGAAUUGCAGCGGCGAAACUGGGGUUUAUCAUAUGAAACACCCUACUGUGACAUGCUACGGAAGUUUGAUUAGGCAGUCUGAGGUCAUUGUCCAGAGGUUCUUUCUUUAGUAUUAUGCUUUUAUAGCAAGAUACUCUUACUUGCAUUGUUCUAUUGUAUGAAGUAAUCCUUUUUUCUUUUUUAUGGUCUUCUGGAACAACCCAUUGGAUUUUCUAUACUUCUCUUUUUAAUAAAUGAUAUCUGUGUGACUAUCAGCUUUAAACAUUUAACGCCAUUGUCUUUUUGUUGUAAUCUUCUUUAAACUUUUCAGUGAUAUAUCUAUAUUGUAA